CUGCGUCUGCUGUGGAGAGCGCCACAUGGAACGCCGGCGGCGGCGCUGCCGAGGCUCCCAGAAGAGCAACUAACUAGUCCAUACCAGAUGCUAGAUGACUGACUGAAGGAAUGAUUGAAUGAAUGAAUGAGUUUUUCACCCCCAGACACAGAUGGAAGCAAUGUUCCAGAAACCACUUCUGGCAGCUGAUGUGCCCAGGCUUGGAUAUAGUUCCUCAUCUCAUCACAGGUACAUUCCACGGAGGGCCGUGCUCUACGUACCUGGAAACGAUGAAAAGAAAAUAAAGAAGAUUCCCUCCCUGAAUGUAGAUUGUGCAGUGCUUGACUGCGAGGAUGGUGUGGCAAUGAACAAAAAGGCAAAAGUCAAAAUGCCUCUCCUGAUGGACACCCCUCCCGGGACUCAUUGGCAGCAGAGUAAAGAGUGGAAUGAAGCUCGACUGAGAAUAGUAAAAACUCUUGAAGACUUUGAUCUGGGCCCAACUGAAAAGUGUGUGAGAGUCAACUCGGUGUCCAGUGGUCUGGCCGAAGAGGACCUGGAGACCCUCCUGCAGUCCCGGGUGCUUCCCUCAAGCCUGAUGCUGCCCAAGGUGGAAGGUCCUGAAGAAAUCCAGUGGUUUUCAGACAAAUUUUCAUUCUACUUAAAAGGCCGAAAACUUGAACAGCCUAUGAAUUUAAUCCCUUUUGUGGAAACUGCAAUGGGUUUGCUCAAUUUUAAGGCCGUGUGUGAAGAAGCACUGAAGACCGGACCUCAAGUGGGUCUUUUCCUAGAUGCAGUCGUUUUUGGAGGAGAAGACUUUCGGGCCAGCAUAGGUGCAACAAGUAGUAAAGAUACCCAAGAUAUUCUGUACGCCCGACAGAAGAUUAUCGUUACAGCGAAGGCCUUUGGUCUGCAGGCCAUAGAUCUGGUAUACAUUGACUUUCGAGAUGGAGAAGGGCUCCUCAGGCAGUCAAGGGAAGGAGCUGCGAUGGGAUUUACUGGUAAGCAGGUGAUACACCCUAACCAAAUUGCCGUGGUACAGGAACAGUUUUCUCCUUCCCCUGAAAAAAUUAAGUGGGCUGAAGAACUGAUCGCUGCCUUUAAAGAACAUCAACAAUUAGGAAAGGGAGCCUUUACUUUCCAAGGGAGCAUGAUCGACAUGCCAUUACUGAAGCAAGCUCAGAACAUUGUUACGCUUGCCACAGCCAUCAAGGAAAAAUGAUCUGUUAAAUGAAGCUCUCAUCAGGUGGGCUGAACAUAUACAGUGGGUUUCUUAAAGACAAACUAUAAUACUCAAGGCAACUUGUUAGUAUGCCAGAUUGGAACCUUUCUCCCAUUUACAGUUCAUGUUAAUCACAAUUUUGUGUGUGUGUGUUAUCUCACUGGCCAGUUAUCCCUCUAAAAAUGAACUUCCUCCUUUUGGAUUCCAAGCUUAUCACUUUAUUACUCAUUAAUGUGUUACAAAUAUGCACUUAUGAUUUCACAGGGAGAUAAAACAGUGGAGAGAGAUGGGCUGGGGGCAUGUUAGGUCUUUAAUGAAACAGAUCUUUCUCAAAUAUGUAUGCUCCUUUCACAUUCCUCACAUUAGAUGUUUCCCACAUUGUUCAUUACUCAACACUGUAAAUAAUUUUAAGGCCAGUCUUUAAAAAUAGUGGUUAAAUGAAGGGGUUCUGUUUAUUUCAGUAUCAAUCUGAUAACACGAGAGACGGCAUAGAAACGUUAAGUCUCAGAUAACUUCUAAAAGUAAAUCUUGAAAAUUGAUUGCUCUUAACCACCUUCCAAAAUGAAACCUCCACCCAUUUGAACCAGGAGGUGAGAACUAUGAAAUCCCUCAUACUGGGUGAAUGCUUUGGGUGAACAGUCACCAGCAAUUAAAAAAAAUAAUAAUAAAAAUGUGCAGAAACACAAGACCAUCCAUUCUCUCCCUUAAUUUCCCCAUUUAACUGUUUUGCCAUUGAGGCCACUUCCCCCUGUAAAUGUAUGGCCGGCACAGGGCCCCCUCAGCAAUAAACUUGUAGCCUCUAAGAGGACACAAUGCGGCAGAGCUGGUGCAUAUGGUCCCCUGCGAGAUUUGCAUCACAUUAGAGAUGCUGCUGCAGGUCAUGUGGGAGGUGUGGUUAACGGGCUUAGUAAAGCUGUUUUGAAGAGGUUAACCCAGCUUGUAGUAAGGGUAAAUAAACAUAACAACCAGCCAUUCUUCCCUAUUCAGCAUGUGCUCUUAUACCGAAGGCUAAAGGGUAUUGAAGCUGGGAAGGAUCAACUUGUGUUUGCCAGAGGACGCCAAUGAAAUUUGAAACACCAACAAUCAGAGAUUUUGUUUCUGCUCCUCAUUAAAUCAUGAGCUUUUGUGUUGAGA